AUGGGCGCAGAUACCGAUAUCACCUCGGCGUCCAAGACGGGCAUUAACGAUGACAACAUCCUCUUUGGUGCCAACCAGACAGAAGUCCACCGUCUUGACAUGCAACACCAAUGCAUCCAUGACGCGAAUCCUACGUUUGUCUACGCUCCCCUGGAUCUGUCAAAGGGUGGGUAUAAAAUCUUGGAUCAGGCAACAGGAAGCGGCAUCUGGAUCUGCGAAGCUCGCGCAGCAGCAAGGGCAGACAAUGAAUGGGUGGGCACCGAUAUCGAGGACCAGUACUUCCCGACAAACCCACCCGCAGACACCACAUACCACCACCAGUCCAUGACCGAGCCGUGGCCCGAGAAGUGGCGCGGAUAUUUUGACCUGGUGCACUCGCGCAUGGCACUCCCCGGCGUCGGCAUCUUCCCCCUCGAGACGGCGGUGAAAAACCUCAUCUCGCUCGUCAAGCCCGGCGGCUGGAUCCAGCUGGUCGAGGUGGAGUGGAACGACUGGCAGAUGGGGCCCGAGGGGACCGUGUUCCGAGACGCUAUCAAGGACCUCUUCUCUGUCGUCACCGGCGGCCAGGGGGUCGACCUGCGCGAGAAACUGAUCCCCAUGUUGGAGGGUGCCGGGCUAGUCAACAUCAACUACAAAAUCAUUGUGACGCCGUAUGGUGCCCGCGCGAGCGAUAAGAUUCGUUCCACCAGUGAGGCGAGCUUGUUCGCUACUGCGAUGGGGGUCAGCACCACCACCAAGAUGCUGCCCCCUAUCAGUGUUCCGCGCGAGCGGCUUGAUGCUAUGCCGGAGAAGGUGCUUGCUGAGGCGAAGAAGGAGGGUUGGGAGUCUCAACAUUUUGUCUUGUGGGCACAAAAUCCCUCAAAAAGGAAUGACUGA